GUGCGGGGCCGCCGCGCUGCCGGCCGUGCGGGACGUGCGGGGCUGGGGCCAUGGCGGCGGCCGGCGCGCUGCGGGGCGUGGUGCGGGGCUGCGGCCGCCGCCGGCCCUGCGCCCUCCCGCUGCUGCUGCCGCCGCUGAGGGCGGCCCUGGGGCUCCCGGUUUGCAGGCUGAAAUCAUCGAUCAGCUUUCUUACUCGACCAGAUCGGCCAAAACUUGCUUAUCAUAAGCUAAAAGGCAGGAAUCCAGGGGUUAUUUUCCUUCCAGGCUUUAAUUCAAAUAUGAAUGGUCAGAAGGCAAUUGCCCUUGAAGAUUUCUGCAACUCUCUAGGUCAUGCCUUCGUCAGAUUUGAUUUUACAGGAUGUGGAAGUUCAGAUGGUAACCUUGAGGAGUGUACAAUUGGGAAGUGGAGAAAAGAUGUUCUGUGUAUACUGGAUGAACUUACAGAUGGACCACAGAUUCUGGUGGGCUCCAGCUUAGGUGGAUGGCUGAUGAUUCAUGCUGCAAUAGCACGACCAGAUAAAGUAGCUGCUCUAGUUGGAGUAGCUGUAGCAGCAGACCAUCUCAUAACAACUUUUAAGAAGCUUCCAAUUGAGGCCCAAAAAGAAAUAGAAGAAAAAGGUGAAUGGAAGUUUCCAACAAAGCAUAAUGAGGAAGGGUAUUACUCCUUGACAUACAACUUUAUAAGAGAAGCAGAAAAUCACUGUGUGCUAAAUAGUCCUAUUCCUAUAACAUGUCCCAUCCGACUCAUUCACGGCAUGAAGGAUGAUGAUGUCCCUUGGCAGAUCUCUAUGCAAGUUGCUGAUCGUGUUUUGAGCAAAGACGUGGAUGUUAUUCUCCGCAAAAGUGGCCAACAUCGCAUGAGUGAGAAGGAGGAUACAAAACUUCUUGUGAACACUGUUGAUGAUUUAAUUGACAAGCUGGCAACACUAGCAUAAGCUGCAGAGUAGCCUGUGUGCAUGAGCUCUACACCUUGAGUAGCAGAAACCCAGUUCUUAACAAGAUGAUGCCAGGCCUGUGACUGUCACUGUAGGAGCUGAGAUGUUUCCUGACCUCUGUUUCAAAGACAGGUAUUUUAUUAACACUGAAUUUGCACAGACAGUCCAAAAUGUGUAGGAGUGCUGCUGUUUUGUUCAGAAUCUCUCCUUCAGCACUUAAACCUUUUUCACAAGCUUCCUGUACUUUUGUACUGAAACACUGAUUCAUUUUUGUUACUGUUGGCCUGUACCGUAGAACUUUAAAUUUCCAUGGCUCUGGUUACCUUUUCCAUGCUGUCAUUUUGCUGUAAUAUUCUUACGUCUGAAACCGGGCGCAAGUUACUAAACUGAAGUUACUAUUAUUAGAAAUAGUGAGUAACAAUAAAGCAUAAGAAACAGAGUUCAGAUAAAUUAUUAUAUUGUUCUGAAGUACUGUUGAAAAGUGAAAGGCACACCCUGGUGGUGUGCUUGGGGUCCUGCAAUAAGAAAUAAAUGAAGAAUGCAAAGCCUCGAAGUGCAGGUGGAACACUCUUACCUGUGCUAAUCAGCAGGGUUUUCUGUCCUCUUCUCCAGGCUGUCUUUUUGUAAGAGUUUGUUAGUGGGCCUACUGUUAAGGAAAAAAUAUAUUACCGUGGUAUAAACUGAAACUGGAUUAAUACAGUUACCUUUUUAUAGUAACCUCUUUAAAAGUAGGGAGUACACGACCAUAGGGCAUCACUGCCUCUGUUCUAUGACUUGAGAACUGUAGAUUAUUAGGAAUAGUGUCUUCCAGGGUUAGGAAUUCGAGGUGCACAAUUGCAAGCCGGAAAACCUGUAACUGACACUUGAUAGCUGGGUAAUUCUUGUAACGUAAAUCAUUAGAAUGUAAUGGGAAAUUGAUUUAAUUGUAAAUGUAACUAUUACCUGUUUUUUGUCCAAAAAUUUGGUGCCAUUAAUACUCCUGAAUUAGGUGACAGGCUGAAAUUAGUUCAGGCCAGUCUUAACAUGAAACAUCAAUCUGAAGUAUAUAGUUGUUUCUGGCAUAAUAGCCUCACUGUUGCUACCUUGAAAGACUAAAGCUCCUGAGGGGAAGGUAUGUCUAGAGAGCUUGUAUUUUUCAGUGUUAGCAUUGUCAGCAAAAGUGCAUUGUCAGUAGAAGUUAAGUCAUAGAGCUUUGCUGAGGGUAGUGGUUUUUAAUUUUAAAAAACCAACCACCCAACAAAAAACAAACUGCUAAAACAGAAAACCAAAAUCAACAACAAAACAAAAACACUCUAAAUGGCCCAUGAGUUCCUGUGAAAUACAGUUUAAUUUAGGUUUCAAUAUGGAAAAAAAAACAGGAAGCUGUGAUGUAAAAAAUUUGAAUUCUGUUACAAGAGUAAAAAAAAAAAUGGCUGUAGUUUAGAUGCUGUGAAGGACCAGACCUUUCCUCACCCAGACUUAAUAUGCCCUUUAGGUCAGCAGUCAUAACUGACUUAAAGAUGGCUGCUCCAAGAGGCACUUUACACCCUCUGCUGUCUGCCUGCCUCCUCUGCCAUAAAACAGCCAUGAGGGCGGUAGCUAGCUGCUAGAGAGGAGCCCUGGCUGGAAGACCGCAGCAAUGUUGCAAACAGCGUGCCUGCCUGGUGACAGCAGUGGUGGGAAAAAGUCCCUGGCGGAUUGGCUGAGAAGCCCCAGAAACAAGAGACUGGCCGACUGGGAACAAAGCAACAGAAGAGACUGCUUGCUUGCUGCGCGCUUUUUGGAUGGACACUGAAGCUGCUGCUACUUGCCUUUUGGGGGUUGACCUGCUCCUUGAGGGUCCCUGCCUGAGGUCCCUGUUCCUGUUUACCUGCUUGCCUGCUGUCCUGGCUCCCAGCUAGUCCCGGCUCAUCCCUGCUCCCUGGAGCCCCUGCUCCCUGGAGCCCCCGUUCCCUGCAGUCCCAGCUCGCAGCUCACCCGCAGUCCCUGUUUGCCUGUGGUCCUUGCCUGCCUGCGGUCCUGCCUGCUGCUGACCACCUGUGGGGAGGCUUCUUCCCGCCACCCGUGGGUUCUAAGACCGGGUUGCAGGGGAAGACAUCUGCACCUAAUAUAUAAAUACCUAGACGAUCUCAGGAAUAAAGUAAGGGAUUGCAUUUUGGUAUAAUUUCUCUCCCUCAGGUGUUCCUGCUUCACUUAUCUCCACACAAACCGCGACCCUAUAUGGGUCAGGCAUCGGGCAUAUCCCUCCUUCCUCUUCCCCUCUUAGAUAAUAAUAGUUAAUCUGGGUGUGUAAAUGAUAAAGUGUAUCUAUAUAUAAGUAUUAGGGCAUAUAUAAGUGUUUGGUAUUUGGUGUUUUAAAGACAUUUUAAAGAUCCUAUGUCUUUUGAUUAACCUCUUUGAGCUGCCUGCCCCAAGUUGUUUUAUUUUUCACCUCAAUAAACAGUGUGCUCAUGAAUUCUAA